AUGAUUCAAUUAAGAAUGAUUAAACAGUGGGCAAUUUUUGUGGCAUUUUUGUUCGGUGUAUUUGCCAAUGCAUUGUCUGCAAAUGAACAAGGUGUGAGCCAGGCAUUGGUAGUCUAUGAUUCCAGUCUUUAUGACUUGAAUAACUUGGGAAGUGUAAAUUCGGAAGUUGCUAGUUUGGUGUCGGAUUUGAAGAAUAAACAUGGAUUUGAAUUGACAUUGCAAUCUUACAGUGAUGAAGAAUUAUCAUUAUUCGUUGCGGAUGAACCAAGAUAUGAUCACUUGAUUUUGCUUCCAAGUGCCAAAAAGGCUAUUGGUGACAAGAAAGGGUUUAAUCAACACCAAUUGAUGGAAUUUAUAAAUAGGGAAGGAAACAUAUUUGUGGUUGGAAGUGAUGAAAGUGUGUUACCAGACGAUGUUAGAACUUUCCUUAACGAGAUGGGAAUUUACCCAGCACCAAAGGGUUUCAAGUACAUCGACCAUUUCAACUCAGUAAAGGGAACUCCUCAACUCACUAACGAGAAUAUUGUUAAUAAGAAGGUUCUUGGGGAAUUUACUGAGGGCGAACAUGAGUACAAGGGUACUGGUGCGUUGAUUUCGAACAAUGAAAAUAUUUUCCCAAUUGUCAGAAGUUCUAAAACUGGUUUUACUACUGACGAAGUAGAAGAGACUCUCAGCCAAGAAAAAACCUGGACUUUUGGCCAACAAGGAUUUUUGGCUGUUGGUUUCCAAGGAUUUAACAAUGCCAGGUUGACAUGGGUUGGUUCUGAGUCAUUAAUAAAUGAUGAUCUACUCAAGUGGACUUUUCAAGAAAAGAAUGUAUUGAAAUUACAGUUUGUCCAGCAUUACAAGAGUGAAAACCCCGAAUUCAUUGAUAACAAAUUAUACCGUAUCAAAGAUCAAGUAAUUUACACCGUUGGUGUUUCUGAAUUUGCGAACGACAAAUGGAUUCCAUACGAAAUCAAAGAUGAAGAAGAUAACUUACAACUUGCAUUCAAGAUGUUAGACCCUUACCAAAGAGUUAAUUUACAACCAUUGGGUCCAGGUUCCUCGAAGGAAGAUGGCAAUCUCGAAGAUUUGUACAUUUAUUAUGCUAACUUCACAGUUCCAGAUCAACACGGGAUCUUCACAUUUGACUUGGAUUAUAAGAGAUCUGGUUUGAGUUAUAUAGUUGAUAAAAGGGUCGUGACGGUUAGACACUUGGCUAAUGAUGAAUAUAAGAGAUCAUGGGAUAUACCAAAUUCUUGGUUAUAUGUGGCUAGUGCUGUUUUAGUUGUGCUUGGAUGGUUUUUAUUUGUUGUCAACUUUUUAUAUGUUGGUAAUACCAAUACUACUAAGAAGAAUGUCUAA